GUCAAACAUUUCUCCCGUAUGUCACGGUUCACCAUCAGAUUCAGAUGACACUGGCAAAGUUCGCGCGCUCUUGAGUCACAUGCACGACAACGUGAGCCAGGUGAGGUCCGAAGAUCCGCAUUGCCCGGGCCGUGAUGUAUGUAUUUCGGCUGCGGGAAUCCUCCAAGAUACACCUUGUUGAUUGCUCGGUACGUCUACCAUGAACGAGAAAACAGACAAGUUCCUCCCUGGCGUCUUGCCACCGCGCACCGGGAAGUUGUCGAGCGGUAGGAUAUUGACACUGAGGACGGGUCUGGUGGUACUAGCUGUGUUCGCAUCCACUUUCCUAUGGAGGGCUCCAUAUGGCAUUGGGCCGUACCACUCCCACCAGAAAGUCAAUGCAGACAUCUGUCCCCAGGUAUCUGAGCUCAUCCCAAAGUACAACGGUGCUUUGUGGAAGACUCUGGGUGACACCUAUGAAACUGAUACAUUCAAGAUGAGAGCGGUGGACUGGCUUUCAGGGGCCGUUAGAAUCCCAACAGAAUCUUAUGACCAGAUGGGCCCUGUCGGGACUGACCCACGCUGGGAGAAAUUCAGUGCUUUCCACGACUAUUUGCUGAAGGCCUUUCCACUGGUCCAUGCUACCCUUGAGGUGACCAAAGUUAAUACGUAUGGCCUGAUAUACACGUGGAAAGGAAAGAGCAGCUCCCUCAAGCCUCUCUUGCUUGCAGCCCACCAAGACGUUGUUCCUGUGGAGGAGACCACAAUUGGCCAAUGGCAGUAUCCACCUUUCUCUGGGUACUUCGACGGUGAGCGAGUAUGGGGGCGUGGCUCGCAAGACGACAAAAGCGGGCUGAUAGGCGUCAGGUCCGCCAUGGAGAGUAUGCUGGAGAACAAGUUCCAGCCAACCCGAACCGUAGUUUUGGCAUCUGGAUUUGAUGAGGAGACCAGCGGCCUUCAUGGCGCUCAAACAUUGGCGCCGGUGUUACUAGAGAUGUUCGGCGAAAAUGGUUAUGCUAUGCUAGUGGAUGAAGGCUCUGGAUAUGGCGAACAGUUUGGCAGAGUCAUCGCAACUCCUGGCGUUUCCGAGAAAGGGUAUAUGGAUGUGAUGAUAAAUGUUGCAUCUCCUGGUGGCCACUCAAGUCUUCCCCCACUUCACACUAGCAUUGGCAUACUAGCGGACAUGCUCGUCAAUAUUGAGAGAAAUCCGUUCGAAGUUCAUCUUGAAAGAGGUUCACCGACUUACAAGAUUGCACAAUGUCUUGUUCACACACCUGAACUUCCUGCGUCACUGCGAAGAGACAUCAUUCACGCAGAACAUAAUGAACGUGCUCUUCGCCGCGCUGAGCAGGAACUCUUCAAGAAUCCGAUGUUCAAAAGUCUCGUCGGAACCACUCAAGCUAUUGACCUCAUCCAUGGAGGGGUCAAGGUCAACGCACUGCCAGAGCAAGCUUGGGCUGUAGUGAACCAUCGCAUUUCGACGCAGAGUUCGGUCACCGCAACGAAACAGCGUGACACUGAGCUACUUACAUCACUCGCAAGCCAAUUCAACCUAUCAUAUACCGCCUUCGGUGCUAGGAUAACUGAUGCUGAUGCUCCCGCAUUUGGCACUUUGACACUAUCUGAAGCUUAUACACAUGGACUUGAGCCUGCUCCAGUCUCACCCACUGGACAUGAUGCCGUGCCUUACCAAAUUUUAUCUGGCACUAUCAGAGCGGCAUAUAACUCUCACAGAGGUCUUUCAGAUGACGAUAGCCUUAUCAUCAGUCCUGGAAUUAUGUCGGGCAACACAGACACAAGAUACUAUUGGAAGCUGACCGAGCACAUCUUCCGCUAUGGCCAUACAGACGGUGCUAGGGGUGGAAGCAUCAUUUCUGGAGUGCACACUGUCAACGAGGCCAUUAAGAUCACCAACUUCGUUGAGAUGAUUCGAUUCUUCACCACACUUAUCCUCAAUGUUGAUGAAUCGGAGUUGCAUUGAGGGUCUAUAUACAAUAAGUUCUUGCGGUGGAAAGGAAUUGGCUUUACAGCAUUUGAACUGAUGGUAGAUACCACGGUCCACAGAUAAGAUACGUAGCAGCGACUCAUGACUUGUAUAUUUGGGCAGAUUUGGGCGGCGAACUUAAGUUUGAUGACACUUGACCUUC